GUGAGCUUGCUACAAAGGAGAAGUAUGACUUUCAAUUACAAAAUUCUUCUCUUACUAGCUCUAUGCAUUUGUAAUGCUGAAUCUGCAAAUCCCUUGGGGCAGUUUUGCAAUACAGACACUAAUAUUGGUAGCCAAAUAUCAGCUAAUAUUGAUCGUUUAUUAGCUGAAUUGGUUUCCAAAACCCCCUCCAAUGGUUUUAUUGCUACUUCAUAUGGUAAAAACCAAUAUCGAGUUUUUGGCCUGGCUCAAUGUAGAGGGGAUGUGAGCAGAAUAGACUGCUCAAGUUGCAUCCAAGAUGCAGCAAAGCAAAUCCGCCAACGUUGUCCCAACCAAGCCGAUGCAAGAAUUUGGUAUGACUAUUGCUUUUUACGUUAUAACACUAAAAGCUUCAUUGGAGAAAUUGAUACAUAUAAUGGUAUAUUAUAUGGGAAUGUGGAAAAUGUAACUGAUCCUGAUACUUUUAACAAAGAACUAGGAACUCUGUUUGAUCAGAUUAGAGCACAAGCUGUUGAGACUAGGAAUGAAGGGCUUGGGAAAGGUAAGACCAAGUUGUCAACAUUUGUGACACUGUAUGCAUUGGUGCAAUGCACAAGAGACCUGGCUCUGGUAGAUUGUGCACAGUGUCUGGCCAUUGCUGCGGGAAAUUUUGAAAAAUUUUGUAAAGACCGAAAAGGAUGCAGAGUUCUAUAUAGCAGUUGUUAUGUCCGAUAUGAGCUCUAUCCAUUCUUCUUUCCUCUUGAUUCAAAGCCAAACGAUACUCUGGCUGAUACUGUUAUGGUCAUACUGCCAUAGUCCCUAUGCCAAAUCAGCCCUUGUUAAGGAAAUAAGGAUGUUACAAUAACUCCUUGAAAGUUCCAUUUGAAUAAGUAUUGCUAUUUGUGACAUUUACAUGUUUGAAUUGAAGCCACGGGCACGAGGGCUUCACGUUAAGUGGCACUUCCUUGUGUUUCCAAUGAGCCAAGGUCUUUUGUUAAAUAUUUUUAUGUUCUAAUUCCAAGUAUUUGUGUUUA